GUAGGCACUCUGUGUUCCCGUUUAAAGGCUUUUUAUCAAGUGAGGCACUCUGAUAGCAACGCUGUUGGCUGCCAGGUAAAUCUGUCCCCUCCCCAGGUUUUGCAAUACUGAGGAUCUGCAUUGGUCUGAAGCUCUGUCUUCAGGAGGGGUGAAGGGAAGAAUGCUCUGUACGAAAUCCCUCUGCUGGGAAUCCUGCAAGAGGAACUCCACUAUCUCACCCUGGGGGAAAUGCCUCAGCUGAAGUUUCUCUAGCUCCAGCUUCGUGAAUCAAGACCCGUGGCUUUGGUGUUACUCACAGCAGCUCUGUCACUACUGACUCAUCCAUCUGCUUCAAGAAAAUGUUUGCCGUCCACUUGCUAGCUUUCCAUUUCACAAAGCUAAAAGAGGAUCAAAUAAAAAAGGUUGACAGGUACCUGUAUCACAUGCGUCUCUCCGACGAUGUCUUGCUGGACGUGAUGGCUCGCUUCCAGGCCGAGAUGGUGAAGGGCCUGGGGAAAGACACGAACCCCACGGCCACAGUAAAAAUGCUGCCGACAUUUGUGCGCUCGCUUCCCGAUGGCUCAGAGAAGGGUGAAUUCCUUGCUGUUGACCUGGGUGGCUCCCAGUUUCGUGCCCACCAGGUGAAGGUGUCCGAUGAUGGGAAGCAGAGCAGCCAGCUGGAGAGCAAGUUUUACCCCACACCCAAGGAGGUCAUACAGGGGAACAGAGCCGAGCUCUUUGAUUACGUUGCUGACUGUCUGUUAGACUUCAUGGAGACCAAAAAUCUGAAGCAUAAGAAGUUACCUCUUGGCUUUACAUUUUCUUUCCCAUGCAAACAGACCAAAUUGGAAGAGGGAGUUCUUCUUGCCUGGACAAAACACUUCAAGGUCCGAGGAGCUCAGGACACCGAUGUGGUCAGCUCUCUGCGCAAGGCCCUCCAGAAGCAUAAGGACAUAGACCUUGAUGUUUUGGCACUGGUCAAUGACACUGUGGGAACCAUGAUGACUUGUGGAUAUGAUGACCCGCGCUGUGAAAUUGGACUCAUAAUUGGGACUGGCACCAACGCAUGCUACAUGGAGGAGAUGAGACACAUCGAUCUGGUGGAAGGAGAUGAAGGGAGGAUGUGCAUUAACACAGAGUGGGGGGCCUUUGGAGAUGAUGGUGCUUUGGACGACCUCCGCACGGAGUUUGAUCGGGAGCUCGAUCUGGGAUCUCUCAAUCCUGGAAAACAACUGUUCGAGAAGAUGAUCAGCAGCCUGUAUUUGGGAGAACUUGUAAGACUCAUUCUGCUAAAAAUGACAAAGGAAGGUCUACUCUUCAAUGGGAAAGCGUCAACAGCUCUGCUUACUAAGGGCACGAUUGAACUGAAACACGUGGCUGCAAUGGAAAAAUAUAAGGAGGGUCUGAGCAACACAAAAGAGAUCCUUACAGAACUGAACCUGUUCCCCUCCGAAGAGGACUGCAUUGCUGUUCAGCACGUCUGCACCAUCGUUUCCUUCCGCUCGGCCAACCUCUGUGCUGCUGCCUUAGCAGCCAUACUGACCCGACUGAGAGAGAAUAAAAAACUGUUAAGGAUGCGAACCACUGUUGGGAUUGAUGGGGGACUCUAUAAAACCCACCCCCAAUAUGCCAAACGCCUGCACAAGGUGGUGAGAAGGCUUGUCCCCAACUGUGAUGUUCGGUUCCUCCUGUCGGUGAGCGGCAGCGGGAAGGGGGCUGCCAUGGUCACAGCGGUGGCGUACAGGCUGGCCGCUCAGCGCAAGCAGAUCGAUGCUGCUCUCGCACCAUUUCUGCUUUCCCUGGAGACCCUCAGAGAAGUUAAGAACAAAAUGAGGACUGAGCUGGAAUAUGGGCUAAAGCGAGAGACGCAAGCCAGUGCCACGGUGAAGAUGUUACCCACAUAUGUCUGUGGGACACCCGAUGGAACAGAGAAAGGAAAGUUCCUUGCCCUUGAUCUUGGUGGGACAAAUUUUAGAGUUCUGCUGGUCAAAAUCAGAAGCGGGAGGAGAAGAUCAGUGCAAAUGUAUAACAAAAUCUUUGCCAUUCCUUUGGAGAUCAUGCAAGGGACCGGGGAAGAGCUCUUUGACCAUAUUGUGCAGUGCAUAGCAGACUUCCUGGAGUAUAUGGGGAUUAAAGGUGCUCGGCUGCCUCUGGGCUUCACUUUCUCCUUCCCGUGCAGGCAAGCCAGCAUUGACAAGGGAACGCUUGUGGGAUGGACAAAAGGUUUCAAGGCAACAGACUGCGAGGGAGAAGAUGUUGUUGAUAUGCUGAGAGAGGCCAUCAAGAGAAGAAACGAGUUUGACUUGGACAUUGUAGCAGUGGUGAAUGACACUGUUGGGACAAUGAUGACGUGUGGAUAUGAAGAUCCAAACUGUGAGAUUGGCCUGAUUGCAGGGACUGGCACCAACGCAUGCUACAUGGAGGAGAUGAGACACAUCGAUCUGGUGGAAGGAGAUGAAGGGAGGAUGUGCAUUAACACGGAGUGGGGGGCCUUUGGAGAUGAUGGUGCUUUGGACGACCUCCGCACGGAGUUUGAUCGGGAGCUCGAUCUGGGAUCUCUCAAUCCUGGAAAACAACUGUUCGAGAAGAUGAUCAGCAGCCUGUAUUUGGGAGAACUUGUAAGACUCAUUCUGCUAAAAAUGACAAAGGAAGGUCUACUCUUCAAUGGGAAAGCGUCAACAGCUCUGCUUACUAAGGGCACGAUUGAACUGAAACACGUGGCUGCAAUGGAAAAAUAUAAGGAGGGUCUGAGCAACACAAAAGAGAUCCUUACAGAACUGAACCUGUUCCCCUCCGAAGAGGACUGCAUUGCUGUUCAGCACGUCUGCACCAUCGUUUCCUUCCGCUCGGCCAACCUCUGUGCUGCUGCCUUAGCAGCCAUACUGACCCGACUGAGAGAGAAUAAAAAACUGUUAAGGAUGCGAACCACUGUUGGGAUUGAUGGGGGACUCUAUAAAACCCACCCCCAAUAUGCCAAACGCCUGCACAAGGUGGUGAGAAGGCUUGUCCCCAACUGUGAUGUUCGGUUCCUCCUGUCGGUGAGCGGCAGCGGGAAGGGGGCUGCCAUGGUCACAGCGGUGGCGUACAGGCUGGCCGCUCAGCGCAAGCAGAUCGAUGCUGCUCUCGCACCAUUUCUGCUUUCCCUGGAGACCCUCAGAGAAGUUAAGAACAAAAUGAGGACUGAGCUGGAAUAUGGGCUAAAGCGAGAGACGCAAGCCAGUGCCACGGUGAAGAUGUUACCCACAUAUGUCUGUGGGACACCCGAUGGAACAGAGAAAGGAAAGUUCCUUGCCCUUGAUCUUGGUGGGACAAAUUUUAGAGUUCUGCUGGUCAAAAUCAGAAGCGGGAGGAGAAGAUCAGUGCAAAUGUAUAACAAAAUCUUUGCCAUUCCUUUGGAGAUCAUGCAAGGGACCGGGGAAGAGCUCUUUGACCAUAUUGUGCAGUGCAUAGCAGACUUCCUGGAGUAUAUGGGGAUUAAAGGUGCUCGGCUGCCUCUGGGCUUCACUUUCUCCUUCCCGUGCAGGCAAGCCAGCAUUGACAAGGGAACGCUUGUGGGAUGGACAAAAGGUUUCAAGGCAACAGACUGCGAGGGAGAAGAUGUUGUUGAUAUGCUGAGAGAGGCCAUCAAGAGAAGAAACGAGUUUGACUUGGACAUUGUAGCAGUGGUGAAUGACACUGUUGGGACAAUGAUGACGUGUGGAUAUGAAGAUCCAAACUGUGAGAUUGGCCUGAUUGCAGGAACGGGCAGCAAUGUGUGCUACAUGGAGGACAUGAAAAACAUUGAAAUAGUGGAAGGGAAUGAAGGAAAAAUGUGCAUUAAUACAGAGUGGGGAGGAUUUGGUGACAACGGCUGCAUUGACAACAUCAGAACAAAAUACGACAAAGAAGUCGAUGAGGGCUCACUAAACCCAGGGAAACAGAGGUAUGAAAAAAUGACCAGUGGAAUGUACCUAGGUGAAAUAGUCAGGCAAAUUUUGAUCGACUUAACUAAACAAGGACUGCUGUUCCGAGGACAGAUUUCAGAAUCACUCAGGAAAAGAGGCAUAUUUGAAACAAAAUUCCUGUCUCAAAUUGAGAGCGACCGGCUCGCCCUCCUCCAAGUCCGGCGGAUUCUACAGCAGCUCGGCCUGGACAGCACGUGUGAAGACAGCAUCAUUGUGAAGGAGGUGUGUGGAGCUGUUUCAAGAAGAGCCGCGCAGCUCUGUGGGGCAGGACUGGCAGCUAUCGUAGAGAAGAAGAGAGAAGACCGAGGUGUGGACCACUUGCAAAUCACCGUUGGAGUCGAUGGGACUUUGUACAAGCUCCAUCCACAUUUUUCUAGGGUCCUGCGGGAAACAGUGAAGGAACUGGCACCUCAGUGUGAUGUGACUUUCAUGCUUUCCGAAGACGGAAGUGGAAAGGGAGCUGCUCUCAUUACUGCAGUAGCAAAAAGAUUGCAUAAUGUUGGACAGAAGUAAAAGUGAGGGGUCAAGUCACUUCAGCACUGCCAGGCGUGUGUGCACUAGGGAUUUACUGAGCGGUGAUUCAAGGUAGCUUUGCCAGACACCAGUACACAGGUACCUGUUUUCAGGGAGCAGCUGUAUUUUGACCAACCAGGAUUGUGGAUUUUCAUCCUUUGAUAACUUUGAUGAGGUGUUUCUGCUCCCCACUGGCAUUAUGUCUCGGCAUAACCGCAAUCUACUCAGUUCUGUACUUCCUGCAAUGCACCUAUAAUGCACAUGGGAGAGUGAAAACAAAACAGACAGACAAAACAACAAAAAAAAGUCAAUCCCAAAUGUGUCUUUUUACGACGGCUUAAUUAAGCUACUGCACCACAGCUGAGUUUAUCACCAGUUUUUUAGGAUUUGUGUGUGUUUUAAUUUUGGCUUGGCGUGGCUCAAGGAAUAUUGAGAUCCUGAUGUUGCACCUAUCUAGUGGAUGUAUUUGUUCAAAGCUUCACAGGUUUUACAAUAAAUUUGCAGAUAAAAUAAAUUAAUGGACUUUGGUCAGUAAAUGCUCCCACCUCUGCUAUGUUUGUUGCAGUGUGUUGUAAUGUAAUAUUUCCCUGAGUACAGGAGGUGUGUUUAAUAGAUGAAUGUAAAGGAAAAAAAUAUGAUUUCACAAAAUAUCAGUUUGUGUCAAAAUACAUUUAGUGCAUCUGAGUGCACAUAAAUCUAAAUUAACGCUGGAUGGAUUCUGACUGUGACCGAUUCUUUUGAUAUUGGGGAAAGACAGAAUGUAGAAGCAGCUACAGGCCCUGCUAUGCCUAUAUCAGGGCUACACAGAGGGCAUCAAAUCUGUUUACCUUUGGGCUGCCCAGAUAGCUAUGUAGAGAGGAAAAAAAUAAUCACCUGAAUUUCUGAAAUUCUUUUAUUUGUUUUCCCUCGGCCUGUUCACGAGAGGAUAGUUUCCAUUUUGUGGAAAGGAGUUCAUCCUUGUUUUUAAUUUUCUGUGGCCCGCUGCUCUGUCUGUCUGUAGUCUGUUGUAAAUAAAUCUGUGGUGCUGUGA